CAUGAUGUCGGGGUCGCAGCUGUGGGCGGUGGAUGUGUACGGGCGGGGGUUCAGUCUGUGGGCCGCUGGAGGCCGCUGGAGGCGCGCCGCGGAUCUCCUGCUGGAGCUGAAGCGGGUGACGGGCUCUCUACACUGCUGCUGGGGCAUCGGCUGCGACCAUCAGGUUUAUCUCCAUGUGUAUCCCAGUCAAGUGCCUAUACGCCAUCAGGAAGAGACCUAUGAAAAUCAGAGAUGGAACCCAGUUGAUGGUUACACAGACACACUCCUCCCGACAGACCGCUGGCAGUGGACGGAUGAGUCGGGCUUGAACCCACAACCUCUUCACAGCUUUGUGUUGCCGUCUGCUAACUGGGAGUGGGAGGGUGACUGGUACGUGGAUGAUGAAAGCUGUGGGAGAGAAUCCAGUGAGACAGGGGGGUGGGAGUAUGCAGUGGACUUCCCUGCCACCUUCACCAAAGAGAAGAAGUGGAACUCAUGUGUCCGUCGCAGGCGAUGGCUUCGCUACAGGAGAUAUAAAGCACUGGGAUCCUGGGCCAAGGUGCCUCUGGACAGAGCCAGACCUCCACCAGAGCCCUUCACUGACAUCAGCUGUGGAGGCUGGGACAUGAAUGACCUGAGUCCUGAGAAACACAUUUAUCUGUGGGCCGUGUCCCAGCAAGGGAAGCUGUGGUUCCGCACAGGCAUCAGACAGCAGAACCCGGAGGGGACGCGCUGGGAACCCAUCCAGGUGCCCCGAGAGGUGGCGCAGGUCAGCGCCGGGCCGAAAGACCUGCUAUGGCUCGUUCUCUGGGAUGGACAACUGCUGGCCAGAACGGGCAUCAGUAAAGACUGCCCUAAAGGCUCAUCGUGGGAGCUAGUGCAGCCUCCAAAUCAGAAAGGAGCUGUUCAUGUCGCAGUGGGAAUCACUGUCGUUUGGGCCGUUACUAAAGACAACAAAGUCUGGUUCAGGAGGGGUGUGAAUUCCCACAAUCCCACUGGCUCAGGCUGGAUCAGUAUUGGUGGAGAGAUGGUGAUGCUUAGCAUGGGGCCCAAUGACCAGGUAUGGGGGGUUGGCAGCGAUGACCGGACUGUGUAUUUUCGUCAUGGCGUGACAGCCACAGAGGUCACUGGCAGGUCAUGGGUGGCAGUGUCAGCUCAGCUUGAUGGCAGUGAAAGCACAAAUCAUUCCAGUGUCCGUGUUCACAGUGAUGCCAGUGUCUUCGCUGGUGAGGUCACCGCUCCUUCCCAGGGUUCCGUUCUGGGCUGUGAUGACACGGACAUUCCAAAGCCACGUGUCCCCAAGAUCACGAGUGACAGCUUUAUCUCUGCGCUGGUGUCUGAUCGCUCCGCUCCAGCACACGACCCGCCCUCUGCGGCUCACCCCAGUGUACCUGAGGACAACCAGGUGACGAGCCAAGAGUCCAAUUCCUCUAUCCUGAGCCCCAGCAGCCCGUCCGAUGGUAGCGAGACACCAUGGAGCAAUGUUGACCUGGAGGAGAUGAAGGGCUCGGUUCCCAGCAGCACUCGGAGCUCAGUGGCCACGUACCCCAUUGAGCUGCAGCACAACACGGUAGUGCAGGAGGAACUGCCGCCCUGGGCCUGGGUCACCGGUGGAGGAUGUGACAUCAGUUCCAGCUCACAUGUCGACUUGUUUAACAUCUCAGAUCCCGGGCCGCUCUCUCCAUCCAUCACACCUGCCCUCAGUGCUCUAGACACAGACACUCGGACAAGAGGAGCCCAGCAAGAGAGAGACGUCUCUAUAGAGAAGUCUGUGCAUGUGACGAGAGGUUGUAUGUGUUGGUGGAGGGACUGGAUGCCUCAUCAGUGGGAGGAUGUCAGUGUGACGCUGGAGCAGGUCACCGGUGCUGGAGCUCAGACAGGAGACAUCCUUUACCUCUACUACACUCACGACCAGCAGAAGAAGUAUCUGUAUGCUGUGAUAAAGGAGGUGACGGCCCUGGUGCCCGUGUUCAGGGACUCUCUGUACACUAUGGCUGUUUACACGCCAGAGAGAACCAAACAGAGACGCCCAAUUUUACUGGCAACUCCCUCUCAACAAGACUUCAACACCUGGCUGUCUCUGUUGAACGAGUCGUGUUGUGCGUCCAGGGGUCUUGGAGAGCAUCCAUCCAAACAGGCCCUGUGGGCUGUGACGUGUAAAGGUGACGUCAUGGUGCACGAGCCGUCACCCAGCCUGGAAGCCGCGGCGCAGUACUUACCCUGUGACCACAUGUUCUGGCGUCAGGUUCCUGCUCAUCUGCUCUGUGUGGAGUCUAACAGUCUGGGUGUGGUGUGGGGCAUCGCUCACGAUCAUACCGCCUGGGUCUACACGGGGGGCGGCGGGGGACCGUCUGCUCAGGGAAAUGAAAACCUUAACCAAGCAAUAAGUGAUGUGAGGAGUGUGUACAUCUAUGAGAACCAGCGCUGGAACCCAAUGGCAGGAUACACAGACAAGGGUCUUCCCACAGAUCGUUACAUGUGGAGCGAUGCUUCAGGUCUGAGAGAGUGUACCAAAGACAACACCAGCCCUCCCUCACCGCAGUGGACAUGGGUUUCUGAUUGGGCUGUUGACUACGGUGUCCCAGGAGGGACAGAUAAAGAGGGCUGGCAGUAUGCUGCAGAUUUCCCAGUGACGUUUCAUGGUUAUAAGACGAUGAAGGACUUUGUGCGACGCAGGCGGUGGGCUAGGAAGUGUAAGAUCGGCCUUACUGGCCCGUGGCAGAAGGUUCCUCCGAUCGCUCUGACUGACGUCACCGUCUUGCCGUGUCUGGCCCAGUGCAGUCUGGAGCAGGUUCCUGUGUGGGCCAUCAGUGAGAAGGGAGAUGUGCUGUGCCGCCUGGGAGUCACCGCCAACAACCCGGCUGUGAGAACUAAACCGUGUCACUAUCCUGCACCCACCCUCACAAAACAGGGCCACGUGAUCUCCAAAAUUUCAUUUCAGUUGAAAAGUCGAGAGGAAAUCAUCUUUUCUCACCUCACGCCCAAAGUAAACGCCACAGACACUGAGAAACCACCAAAGGAAGACACAUCCCGAAUGGGUUAA